CGAAAUAGGAAUACUUUCGGCAUGAGGAAAAAACCAGGUGUUCUAUUUUUUGUGGUAGUUUUGACUUUAGUUGCGGAGAGGAAAGUUGAUGAUACUGUCUUUCAAAGGAUUAACAAAGUUACGACUAGUUUGAACGAACUUCAAGAUUCCAUCAAUAAUUUGGACAACAAAACGAAGGGAUUUUUGGACUUGGAUCAAUUACGGAGCUCGAUCGAAGACACACGACUCAGUUACGUAGAUUUUAUGGAUCCGGUGAUCAAGUGGUGCUCCUCGAUAAAUGACACAUUGAACUCUAUCGCCUCCCACCCUAGCUCCGAUCUUCUAUCGGAUACCGAUGAGGAAAUUGAUUUAAAAAAGUCCAUCAUACGUUCUGGAAAGGAGAAAACCAACCUGUCACAUUUCGGAGUUGUCAAACAAAGAACCUUGACAGUGGCUAACCACUUCCAGCACGGAUUGGUUGAUACAGUGCAUGCUUUGAGGGGAGAGAUCUACGAACCGAAAGUAAAGGAACUUGAAUUGGCGAACAAAGAAAUUGGAAAGGCCCAAAAUAAAGUUUUCGGCAUUCUACACCUGUUUCUUCAAGAAGAAAAGUAUCUGAUUGAACUCCGAGAAAAAAUUGAAUAUGCCAUUGAGAAUUCCCUAUUGCUGAAUGAUCCAAUUGCACUAAACUAUUUUCUGGGUUAUGUACAAAAUGUGAGAGAGAAGUGCCAGAGGUACACCAAUGUGGAGUCUAUUCUCUAAAUUGAAAUCCUCUUAGAAAGACUUUAGCUUUCAUGAUAUAGUUGUGAUUACCCAUAGAACGUAUGACUAAACUACCCACUGAAAACUAUUAAAACUAUUAAAAAUCUUUCCAACCGCUUGUUGUGGUAUGGCCAGUUUUAUUGUUGA